UGAAGUGGGGCAGACGGGAAAAGGAGAACGUUGGGGCCAUUUCAUCUCUGUUUCUCCCUCUCCGGAUUCCUCCACCGGAGUUCGAAUUCGUCUUCUUCAUUCUCUGACCGAGCGCCAGAGACAUAUAUACAUAUAGAGAGAGAGACCUACAAAUAUCAUCUGGAGAGAGAGAGAGAGAAGAGGACGUAACGAUGAUAACGCGAUCAAAUCUGGCCGAACAGCUAAGGGAGUAUCAGAUUAGGUCGAAGCACGAUUGGGCUUCCCUCUCUUUUCUUUCCUCUACUUCUAAUAUCCCUUCUUCAAGGCUGGACAUUGCCAUCUUCGUAAUAUGGGAACUCGUCAUUCUAGCAUUCCUGGUUUUCUCAGCUGUUUCAUUAUAUUUCAGGCAUAUGAAACUUGCAUUCAUCUUGGUUUCCGUCACAUUACUGUUGCUUUUAUGCAUGAAAGUCACAAAGCAAGUGAGACUAGCCCGGAAAAAGAAACGGAGGAUGUUACUGCCAUUGUCAAUGUAGAACCCUCAAGAGUUCCAUAAGAUUUUUUUCUUCUUUUUCUUUUUAUCAAGUGAUCCCAUCUAUGUUCCGUAGAUUGUCGGAAUUUUGACCAUUGGUUUGGUCUAUCAUAUUUUCCUGUUUUUAUGUUGUAAUUUCAGUGAAAGCAAGCUGAUUAAAGAAUUUAA